UCUGAAGGUCGCGUCAACAAGCAGCCAGAUAGUAUUAUCCAGUACCGCAUUACGCUGAUUUGCCUGCAUCCAUUAAGACGCUGAACUGCGAAGCAGUAAUUCGUUAUUUAUUAUGAACACAUCAGCGACGUUAAACUUCGCAAUACCGUUUUCAGAUACCGAGUAAUUUAUUAUACCGAUGGAAUACCUAAUGUUGUUAUGAAAGUUACGGUACACUUACUGUUAGUUUUGUAUUACCAAAAUACCUUUUUUUAGUAACUAGUUAAACAGGUAUAAUUUUUUAUCCCAUUAAAGAACAUUGAAAACUCUUUUAUACUUUUCCAUACCAAAAGACGAAAGCAAGGGAAAAGCAGCGGGUAUUAGAAUGUUGCAUGUUUCCCGGAAUCAGUGCAUUACAUGUUUUUAUGGGGGAAGCUCCAAUGUAUCGUCACAGCAGGGGAAUCCCGUAACAUACAGAGGCUGCCUUAGGAGUCCGGAGAGCUGCGUGACAGCGCAAGUGGUUCGAGGGAGUGCUGCGGAACAGGAAGCUGAUUGGUACAGAAUUAAAUACGCAGAAGAUAAGUUACAAGUACUAUGGAUAUACAAAAUAUAUGUAUUCAAGAAGCUUCUCGGAAACCUGAUGUAAAAGACACAUACCUGGAAGACAACACCAAGUUUGUGAAUCGUGAAAGCAGCUCACAAAGCUGUUUACUGUCAGGUGUGGACAUAGUUGUACAACAACUGAGAGAAGCACAAGGCUAUAAUAAAGCAAACAUACAAUCUGGUCUGGAUCAGUGUGUAACAUUAUUGAAGGGAAAAGAAGAUGAGAUGUCUGCAGAUCCACCAACAAAGAAGUUAAAAACGGAACACAAAUUACAGACUGAAGGAAUUGUUGCAAACAGCGUAGAAGAUUUUCAUGUUUGUACUCAGUCAGAUAAGAAGUCAGAAAGUAAUAUAAAUGAGCAAGAGUCUCAACAGUCAGUUACUGGCUUUCGUCUUAAUAUAACUGCAGAUUUAUUUCAUGAAGACAACAGUAAUGAUGAUCAAAAUGCUUUAAGCAAGAAAACAAUAACAAGUGAAGUGUUUCAUAACAAAAUUGAUUGCUCUUCUACAGUUGGGAAAAGAAAGAUAAAUGAAGCUGAAGAGGAAGCAGCAUAUAAUGGACUAACAAAGAGCAAAAUGUCCAUAGUGGACAAUCAAGAAGAGACACUGUUUCCCAAGUCACUUGGAAAAUUCUGUGGUCAAGAAAUGCAAGGUGUGAAGCCAGUCUCCGUAGGCCAGGAAGUACUAAUAAGUGUAACCAAGAGGCCAGUCAAUGAUAAUUCAGGCACGGACUAUCCUCAAAAGGAAAUAAUCACGUUGGAAGAUCAAAAUCAAAAGCCUCGGAAUAAGGAAACAACCACACUGAAUGAAGCACUUUAUGGGAAAAAUAAUUGCUCAUGUACAGCAAAAGAAAUCAAUAAAUCAGAAAUUGAAGAUGGUUCAGAAAGAAAUGAAACAGCUUCUGAUGAAUCAGGCCCAGGAAGUUCUGUGAAAGAAAUUGCUGUUCUGGUAACUGAGGAUAAAAAUCAGAAUGUGGAAAAUAGGGGAAUUACAAAGCCACUGUGCGAGGAAUUCAUCUCAAAUGACACAUUCACAAUGAACCAACUGAGUCCAGAAGAAGAAGGAAACAAUGAGACGCCAUCGGACAUAAUACUAACACCUAAUGAAGUACAUGAUGAAGAAAAUCACUGCAUGCUUCCACCUGAGACAUCAUCAGAUGCGAUAGUAGCACCUAAUGAAGUACAUGGUGCAGAAAACCAUGGCUUACUUUUGGUUGAAAAAGGAAAUGAGGAAGUGGCAGACAGUGCAGAAAAUAAAUCAGACAGUGCAGAAAAUAAAUCAGAAAAGAGUCUUCAUAUGAUCGUCUUUGAACAAGAAAUAUCCUGGACAGCCUUAUUACAGGAUGAAGUAUUCAAAUUAGUUGAUAUUUCUUGUAUUAGUGCUAAAUACAGUAUGAUAAAAACAUUGUUUCAGGGUACUACACAAAAGCAUUUUAAUAUCACCAAAAUAGUUGAAGUGCAAAAUCCUUUUUUGUAUAGUUAUUAUCUUUUGAGAAAAGCAGAAAUGAUGUCCAGAUAUGGUCAUAUUAAAGAAGAAUAUCUCUUCCAUGGUACUAAAAUCAAAAAUAUUUCUUCAAUCUGUGAAGAAAAUCUUGACUGGAGAAAACAUGGAUCUAUAAUUGGAAAUAUCUUUGGGAAAGGGGUCUCACUGACUCCUAUUUCAUGUUAUGCAAGUCAUUACUCAGACAAAAAUAUGGUGGAAAAAAUUAUGUUCGUUUUCCGAGUCAUCAUAGCAGAUGAAACUGAGGGAAAUCCAGACAUGGUUUUACCACCUUACAAAGAUGAAUUAAGAAAACUGAGGUAUGACACUACAGUCAAGCCAAACCGUCAAGUUAUUGUCAAAUUUUCAGAUAAUGAGUUUUAUCCUGCUUAUGUGGUGUAUUACACUGGAAAAUAUAAGUCUCGUAAGUCUCGUAAGUGCAUCAGACUUUGAUACUUCAGCAUAACAAGAUAUAUAUCAGUCCUUUGUUAUUUCCUACUGAAAAACUGAUGAAUCUCAAUAAAAUAGUUAUUUGUCAUGAAAUUAUUACAUUACUGCAUCUCCUAUAGUUUUUUUAAAAAAUAAAAAGAAGAAAAGAUAGAGAGAGGCCCAUAUUAUUUUGGAUGUUAGCAACAAAUAUUUAGUUUGUUAAUUUUACAUGACUCCUGCAAAUUAUAAUGUCAUAUUGCAAUGAAUUUCUUUAUUUUUCCAUUGGACAUUUUAAUUUGUUUUUAUUAAGAAGCCUUUUUUCUUAUUUUCAAAAGAAAUAAAAAUCAUGUCAAUUUAAUGUUAUUUUCAAAAGAAAUAAAAAUCAUACCACACUUUAAUUUUAUGAAACAUAAUUACAGUGUAGCUUGUCAACUGGAUGCUCCUAUACCUUACAUUGGUAGUUCAUCAGGAGGGAUUUUUUUCAAAUAUUUUUAUAAGUAAUAAUUUGGACUGCUUCUUGUGACAAAUUUGCUUCCAUCUCCUUACGGACUUUAACUGUUGUUAUCCUGUCAGCAAUGGCUAGUUUAGCUUAAGCUGCCAAAUAACACCUCAUUGUCAUAAUGUGCACACACACCUCACAUGAAACAGAAAAACACAGGUGCAUUAGUAACAUGAAAUACCAAACAGUAUUAAGAAACAUCGUUUAGAUGAAUUACAACAGUGUAUUAAUUACUGAUGCAAUUACCCAUCCCAAUACAUAAGAAAUAUGAUAAAGGUGAUAAGAUUAAAGUUAGAGUUUUACUCUAUACAAUUAUAAUUCCACUAAUAGUGUUUAUCUAUAUUUAUUUAUUUCUCCUGUGAAUUAUUGUUGUACAACACAUGCACAUGGUGAUGCACAACACAUGCAUUAUAAAAUCCAGAUAGUGGGUGCGGUAAAACAGGCACCAAGAUCAUGACUGUCAUGUUAUAGAGCAUGCUCUGCAACAGGAUAUCGGUUGUUGUCGGGAUAUACCCUCUGCCUAUGCCCGUUCAUCCCAACUGACAACGUGGUAGUCAUGCCAAUGUAAAAGGCCGAAUGGUUUGUUUUUCUUCAGCACAAUGGCAUAUACUAGCAGGACAAUGCAAUAUGUCCCAUAGCUUCCAGUGUAGGUGCAUGAUUUGAAGAGUACUGGGAUGAGUUUACCAUCUCCUGGCCACCAGACUCCCUGGAUUUGAACAAAAUCAAGAAUAUGGUUGUUCAGGCCAUGGAUCCUUGACUAUGAAACCUAGUGCAUCUAGCCACGGCACUGGAGUCGGUAUGGUUCCAUAUACCUGUUAGUACCUUCUGGAAGCUCACUGACUCUCUUCCUGGAUAUGCAUGCUGCAAAAGAUAGUUAUUUAGGCUGUUGACAGGUGGUCACAUUUAAUGGGACUAGAUCAUGUAGAAUUUUGUCAGCAGUAGUUUCCCAGAAGACUAUAGAAGCUACAGAAGUUUUUUAUUUUAUUUAUUUUAUUCAGAGUGGGUUUGUUGAUACUUUGAAAUAGCUUUCUCACAGUACUUCCGUACUAAUUGUUGAAUAUAUAUGCAACUUCUUGUAAAUUAGGGACUCUGUUGUGGAUUUCUGUUGUGCUUUAACACUUGGAAGGUAACUGAUUUGUGUAAUUUUUUUCUGAUACUGCACAAUGCCUUUACUUUGCUUGAGGAUGUUGGCACAUAGUAGCCAUUAGCAAUUUGCUUUGCUUGUGAUAUAACUUUCUUAAGGAUUUUAACAUAUUACUUAAUCUUUCUCUCUUGAGAGAG